AUGGUUUCGUGUUUCUCCGUCGCUCCCAUACACAACGACAAGUACGACUAUUACAUCGACGAUUACAUCUCCGAUGACGACCCGAACCUCGACCCGGACGUACGUACGCUUCGCAAGGCGAAGCAGCGGCGGUACGAGGAGCGGCUCGCGAAGGAAGCGGCGAAAGCGGCGGAGGAAAGGGAGCGGAUACGGCAGAGGGUCGGGGGAGUGGUGGUGGUGGGUGUGGAUGUUAAUGAAAGCGGCCAGAAGAUCGUGGACUUCGCGAUUGAGAAUAUGGUGAAGCGAGGCGGCAAGCUGGUGCUCGUGCAUGUCGCCACCGUCACUCCCCUCGUACAGCCGGGCCCAGGCCGCAGCGACAAACGCGAGGUGAAGAGCAGGGAGCGCGCGUGGUGGGGAGGGUACAACCUGCACAUGUCACACGAGGUCGCACGCCUGCUCAAGCCACACAGGCGGCAAUGCAGAGCGGCUGGGAUGGAAGUGGAGGUGCGUAUAGUGCGAGGCAAGACAGUGCCACACACGCUCCUAAAAGAGGCUGCUGGGCUUUCUGCAACCACGCUGCUGCUGGGGGGGCAGGGGCGGAAGGGCAAGGGCAAGGAGAACGCGCAGGGGGAGGGGGAGGGUGCACGGGAGGAGAGGCGGAGGGGGGAGGCUGCAGCAGCAGGCGCAGCAGCAGCAGGGGUGGCGGGGAUGAGUGUGGUUGGUGGGAUGCAGGUCGGCAAGUCAAGCAAGCUACUGUGCCCGGCGCCCCCCUCUAGGCUGUGUGGUGCCCGUGGUGGAUCCCUCCUCCUCAUCUGCUCUCUGAUGUUCGCCCCCCUUUUACCACCCUCCCAACAGGCAAUCGGGCCCCACCACAGCAAGCUACUGUGCCAGGCGCCCCCCCCUGGGCUGUGUGGUGUUGGUGGUGGAUCCCUCCUCCUCGCGAGUCGUGCUGCAGUCGGGGAACGUCGACUUUCGCUACCCCAACCACCCCAUUCGCCCCCUGCUGUCUUCCUCUCCCUUCUCCCCCUCACAACAGCAGGCAAUCUGGCAGCAGCGCAGCAAGCUAUUGCGCCCGGCGGCCUCCCCUGGGCUGUCGCUACAGCCACGAUUGCUGCUGCUGGUUCCGCUGCUGCGGCUGCUGCUGGUGGUGAUGCUGCUGGUGCUGCUGGUGCUGCUGGUGCUGCUGGUUUUGGUUCUGUUGGUGGUGGUGCUGGUGGUGGUUAUACGCCCGUUACUCACUACUAUCACCAGCAGAUUACGCCGUCGUCUUCGCUCUCCUCCUCCCCGUCUGUCCUGCACACUCGCUCCUCCCAUUCCUCUAACUCCUCCGCUACCCCCUCCCACCCUCCCUCCGCCUCUUGGUCUGUGAAGCCAGCACGGGAUAAUGGUAGCGUUCAGAGGAGUAGUGGCAGUUUGAGAGGGGUGGAAGGGGAUGGGGAAGGGUCUGUGAAGCUAGCACGAAAUAAUGGUAGCUUUCAGAGGAAUAGUAGCAGUUUGAGAGGGGUGGAAGGGGAGGGAGAAGGGGAGGCUCGUGCUAAGGGGGUGGGGAUGGGGGCAGGGAUGGGGGUGGGGAUGGGGGCGGGGAUGGGGGCGGGGAUGGGGGUGGGGAUGGGGGCGGGGAUGGGGGCGGGGAUGGGGGUGGGGACAGGGGUAAGGAUGGGGGUGGCUUGUGCGGAUGAUGGGUCGAGUGUGCAGAGCUACAGGAGCAGUCUGCAUGGGGUGAAGGAGGAGGAGGAGGAAGAGGAGGAGGACGAAGAGGAGGAAGAAGAGGAGGAGGAGGAUGGGGAGGGGGGCGAGGAGGAAGAAGUGGGGGAACGAGUGGGGAGAAGGGUGGUGGGGGAGGUGGGUUGUGAAGAGGGGGAGGAUGGGGAGGGGGAGCAGAGGGAAGUGGAUGAGGAGGAGGAGGACGAGGAGGAAGAAGAGGAGGAAGAUGGAGGUUUCUCAGCUAAAGCAGCAGGUGCUACUGCUCGUGAUGGUGCUUCAGGUGCUACUGUUCGUGAUGGUGCUUCAGGUGCUUCUUCAGGACCCCGGGGGUUGAAUGGAUCGUACCAUUCUGGUAACCUGGUUACCAGCAGUAGCAGGCUUGUUACUAACAGUGGUGCGGUUACCAGCGGCACGAGCACAUGCUACGACGAGAGUGGGAGUGUAAGCCGAUAUGGCGAGGGGAGUGAGAGCGUGAGUCGGUACACGGGGAGGAGUGAGGGUGUGAGUGAGGGUUUUAGUGGGAGUGUGAGCGGGAGUGUGAGGGUGGUUUCAGAUCUAGCAAAUAUAAACAUCGAGCACAGCCGGAGGAUACACAGGCAGAUGCACAGGCAGAGGUUGGGAGGAGGGGCAUCGAGGUUGGGAGAAGGGCAAAGAGAGGAGGAAGGGCAAAGGGAAGGGGAGUGGGGGAGUGAGCUUGGGUGCCGAGAAGGGCAGACGGAACGACAGGAGGAGGACAAAGGGGAGAAGGAUGAGGAGGAGGAGGAGGAGGAGGAGGAGGAGCAGCAGCAAGAGUAUGAGGAGCAGGAGUCUGGUGAAGGGCAAGAGCCGGGGGGAUUAAGGAUAGAGCAGCAGCGGAGAUUAGAUACAACAUCUGCUGCUGCUGCUGCUGCUGCUGCUGCUGCUGCUGCUGCUGCUGCUGCUGUAGCGUCUCCGCUUGAUGUGCCGAUUCCUUCAGCUGCACCCUCUGCUGCUGCUCCUCCUGUGGCGUCUGCUGCUUCUUCUGUUGCUGCUGGGAAGAGCACCACGCCUAUUUCAGUAGACCACCUGUUUCAGCUCGUCUUUGCACACCAGAAUCCAGACACACAGCAGCAGCAAGGCCAGUCUCUAUCCUCCUCCACUAGCUCCUCUCAAUCCAUCACAGCCACACACUCUCCCGCCCGCAUCUUUCCUCUCAAAGAGCUUGUUGCAGCAACAGGAAAUUUCGCUCGAGAGAACAUGAUAGGGAAGGGAGGGUACGCGCAUGUGUAUAAGGGGAAACUGAAGCUUACUAUAGGGGAGCAUAUGGGCAGUGGCAGUGCGGUUGGUGGCGGUGGUAGAGGCGGGUUGAGGGGUUCGGGGGGGUCGAGUAAGGUUGCUCGGGAGGCAGAGGAGAAUGAGAGAUUUAUGACUGAGGUGCGGAUCGUAGAAAGAGCCAGUGCCCAUCCAAACAUCGUGAAGCUUCUGGGAUACUGCAUGGAGGGAGGAGAGCAUAUUAUGGUGUAUGAGUUGGCGGGGAAUGGGAGUGUGGAGCGCAACUUGCACUCCAAGACAAGAGAUGUGAUGCUGUGGGAGCGGCGCGUGCAGGCUGUGGUCGGCGCGGCACGAGGGCUGGCUUACCUCCACAGCGGCUUUGCAGCUGCAGCAGCAGCAGCAGCAGCAGCAGGAGCAGCAGGAGAGGGGUGCAUAGUGCAUAGGGACAUCAAGACAGGCAACAUUCUAGUGGGCCACGACUGGCAACCACUGGUUGCUGAUUUCGGCCUCGCCAGAUGGAUCCCCUCCCCUCCCCCCUCCACCUCCGCAUCCCCCUUACAAGCCUCCUCGUCUCCCUUACAAGCCUCUCCUUUACAAGCCUCUGUGUCGGCUAUAACUGGGGUGGCGAAUAAACCCGCUAUAGACGGAUCCAUUAAGUCGCCUAUAGAGGGUACGGUGGGGUAUAUGGCCCCCGAGUAUUUUCUUAGGGGGCGGCUGUCCACCCACACUGAUACAUACGCGUUUGGAGUGCUGCUGCUGGAGCUUAUAACGAGUCGCCGGCCUGUGGAUCCGAGGAGGAGCAAGGAGGAGAUGGACCUGGUGCUGUGGGUGAGUGAGAGAUGGGGAGGGGUGAUGAAGGGUGAUGAGGGCAAGGAGGAGAUGGACCAGGUGCUGUGGAUAAGUGGGGGAGGGAUGGUGGUGGGAGAGAGAGGGGGGUCGACUGCACCUGCUAGUAGACCCGCGUGUGGAGGGCACAGUGGUUGUCUCAUCGCUGCACAGUGUGCCUGCUGCUGCCCUGCUCUGCUCAAACUUCAGUUCACAUAUCAUCUCUCCCUUCCCACCUCCCCCACCUACUCCCAGGCUCUCCCUCUGCUGGGAUCGGGGCAACUGCAUCUGUUGGUGGACCCGCGUGUGGAGGGAGCAGUGGACCUCCCUUCUCUGCACCGCAUGGCUGCUGCUGCGCUGCUCUGCCUGCGCCACACGCCCUCCCUCCGCCCCUCCAUGCACCAAGUCGCCCUGCUGCUGGAAGGGCACUUUCUGGAUUACCAACAGGUUGGUGCCUUGUCUUUCCUGCUAGCUAGAGCUUGUUGA